UCCAUUAAAUCCUCUGAGCUUGACAUUUUGGGAGGACUUCACAUGCUUGGAUGUAACCCAGUGCAUGCUAAAUGGAAGCAUUCUACAAGUGGCUUUAAAACACAUGGAUAUUUGCCUUUCCGGAUGUAUGCCACAAAUUCUAUCUCUUGGAGCCAAGGCAAGUGUCUGGUGUGGCAAGCAUUUAAAAAUGAGUCUUUUGUCAACAGAAGAUUCUCAGGAGGAAGAACAUAGCUCUGUAUUUUACAAGCUUCUUCUGGAGAUCCUAAGGUUUACUGCAUCAACCUUUUCAGCCUUGUUGAAAUUCCCUGAUUUUGGUGACAAGGAGUUGAUGAACAUUGUUGAAACCUUCACAAUAGAAGCAUUAAAUCUAACAAAAGAUUCAAUAUCAGAGGCAAAGAAAAUCCCAUCAUUUGGACCUGACAUAUUGAAGGUUGCACAUACCCUCAUUGAUGCUGUCAUAAAAUUGUGCAAGGGGGGUUCUGAAUUGGUAAACUGGGAUACCAGUGAUGCAAAUGUACUGAGCCUUGAUAGGCCUACUGAUGUUAAACAUGCCAUCAACAUAACAAAAUGUGCCAUAGACAAGCUAUCUCAAAUUGGUGUCAUUGCUGCAAAUGAUGGUGGCAAUUCAGUCAACAUUCUUAACGUAUCCUGGAAAGGGGUUGUUUCUCUGCUUCAAACUGGUGGGGGACGUUUUGCUGACGUGAAUGUGACAAAUAUAGUGUUAACUUUGCUUGCAUUGAUAACCGAGCCUCUGAAGUGUGCUGCUGAGUCUUGGUCCUCAUCACUGAGGGAAACAGUUUCCGUGACUGAAGCAAAAAGGGUCUUUGUGCCUGUGAAAUUUUUCCUGAUUAAUGCUGUUAAAAUCUGUUCGAUGUAUCCUCAUCAAGCCUACACGGUGUACAAGGAGAUUACACACACUGUCUUGAUGAUCACUUCGUUUAGGAUCUUUAUAGGUAAUGAAAAUCUUCUGAAAUGUGCAUCUUCAGUAAUUACUGACCUACUGGAGGAAACAACUUUGGAUUUGGUAUUGUCUCUGCUUCAUUCUGAUCAACUAAAACUGAAACAAAAGCUUGAGGUACUGGAUUCAUUGUUCACUACUGAGGGGGUUUCUGAAGGUCCAACUUUUGCUGAUUGUAACAUAGCAUGGGUUAGUGAGAUCUUCUGCAGUUCCUGUGAAGGUAUGGACAGAGCAAGAAUACUAAUCAUAAGCCGAGUUGCAUUGUUCAUUAACUUCCUCAGAUAUUCGUUUAGGCUUGAUGAAGAUAUCAAAGUGUCGAUAGUUCAGAAGCUCCAUUGGAUCUUGGAUAUCUUAAGUGAGGAAUAUGUGUACUGUCACAUGCUUGUUUUGCAACUUCCUUUACUGUAUGGAUCUGGAAAGUCUGCACAGCUGGUGUGGCAGCCUAUGUUUAGUUCCCUCUUGCAAGCAUUCAAAACCUUCAUGAUUGUGAUCUAUUCAAGUACAGCUUGGGGAGAGUUGGAGUCUUUCUUAUUAGAGAAUUUCUUUCAUCCGCACUUCCUUUGCUGGGAGGUUAUUAUGGAAUGCUGGUGUUUUGUGCUGCGACAUGCUGAAACACAGAUGGCAAGUAGCAUCAUUACCAAGCUAUGCUCAUUACUUAAGGUGCUAGCAUCCUCAAAAUCAGUUUUCCUUUCUUAUUCUUCCUUCCGAAAGUUGGCAAGAUCAAUAUGCUUGCUUCUGACACAUGGCGCAGAAUCAAUGGUUAACCAAGUGUACAUGUCCCUUGUGGGAGAUGGGAGAUCAGAGUCUUCACUAAUUCUGUGUUUUUCUCUGUUAACUGAAGGUUUUCCAUUUGAUUUACUGACAGAUGAAUUGAGAAACAAUUCCAUACAAAGAAUUUUGUCUGAUUAUUUUGACUUCAUCGACAACUUUGAUGAAACAACAUUGUUGAGAUGCCCUUCAGGUUUGUUCGGCAUUCCAGUUUUUAUUCUUUCUGCUUGCCUGCAAUCUCUCCAGGUUGGACUAUCUGAUAUUGAUGCAAGGACCUUAAAAUUUUUGGUUUCAAUUACUUGUAACUAUAAGAGUUCAGAAGACAAAGCAAUCAAGGAUCAAUGUCUUCGGCUUUUCAGCGAAACUCUAGGGAUCAUCUCAUAUCUGAAGCAUUUGUAUGCAUCAAAUGAUAUUGGACAAGUCAUCAAGGCAGUUGAAAAUAUCUUUAUCUCUGACUCUGAGCCUCCUGCAAAUUUGUACAAAUGCAAACCGAAUUUGGCUCAUUUCAUGUCAGGACUCAUACACAUGGAAAUGUUGGAAACCGAUGAUGACGCAAAGAGCCGUGCUGCUUGGGAAUUAUAUCACUGUCUUCUGAGAGAGCGGCACUGGGCAUUCAUUCACUUGGCAAUGACAGCAUUUGGAUAUUUCGCUGCUCGCACAAAGUGCAAUCAGCUAUGGAGGUUUGUUCCACAAGACGCAGCACUUGCAUAUGAUAUAGUUUCAGGAGUGGAGGCAAACAAGGAGAGAUUCAUGGCUGCAUUCAGAACAUUUCUUAAUAAGGAAACAGCUCUUCUCACUGUUGCACCUUGCCCUGAUCAGCUUGAGUUGCUGGUAAGAGAAGGUCUUAUGUUGAAACAGAUGGUUCAUAAGUUUUCAGCCAUUGCUGAAGAGAGACAGGGAUUUGAGAGCAUGGAAAUUGAUGACAAGAACCAAUCAAAUAAGAAAAGAAAACUUCCAGAUGGAAUUAGCAGAGGAGUGGAAUUGCUGAAAAGUGGUUUGAAGAUUCUUGGGGAUGGUCUUUCCCAGUGGCAACCAAAUCAAUUUGACACCAAUGAACUGCAUGUCAAGUGUAUGACUCAGAUUUCUCAACUUGAAGAUGUCAUUAGUCACUUUGAGGAACUAGCUGGAAGCAGUGAGGUACAAUAAUCUUUUCAGAUAUGCUGAUGUUGAUUACUCAUCAAUUCGGGUUCCAUGCAACAAAAUCUUAUCAAUCAAACACAUGACAGAUCAGCCCUAUAAGAUCUGGCUCCUUUAGAACAAAACAAAAAGGUACCUCCUUAUUCCCUAUCUAGUAGUUGAUAUUUUUCUUGUAGCACUCGUACUCUUUUAAGUAUAUCAACAGCAGGUGAUGUAACAUCAGAAUACAGAAUUAUGUAUUAUGUUCUUGUAAAGGCUUGUGGCAAUGCAAAAUGGCACAAAUAAAAUGUAAU